GUAUCGCCUUGAUGACAACACUGCUGAAGUUGAGGAAGAUGGAUGGGUUGUUUGUAGGGUGUUCAAGAAAAAGAACUACACUAGAGGUUUCCAACACGAAUUGGGUGAAGAUGAUCAUGAGCAGCAGUUACAUUUUGCGGAUCAUAUGAAGUCUGGCAGUUCUGAUCCAAAACAGAAUAUGCAACAACCUCAUCAUCAAGCCUGCUACGACUAUGCGUCCAACUUUGAUGGUUCAAUGCACCUCCCUCAACUGCUAAGUCCAGACUUAUUAUCAGUUACUCCAUGUCCCCAGCUUCCUUUGAGUACUAACAUGAACCUUAAUGAAUGUUCUCAUCAGAACUUAUUGAGACUAACAUCAGCAGCUGGAGCAGCAGGUUGUAGCAACAGUACUUUCAAUAUUAUUCCUCAACACGACAAAUUUAGUGGCGAUUGGUCUUUCUUGGAUAAGCUUCUUGCUUCAAACCAAGGCGCACUGCAGUCUCAAGCAGCUAUCGGAGAUAAUUUGGUUAAUCCCACGGGCACACAAAAAUAUCCAGUGUUCCAUCACCAUGGUUUUGAUCCUGACCUUUUCAAAUUCUCUAAGUAGAUAUACUACGACCAGCGUUCUGUGGCUGUUCUGAUUUUUUUCUUUCAUUUUUUUUUUGGGGGUUUAUUUCAGAGUUCUUUAAAUGUUAAUCAGAAAACUCAAUCUCCUGUGUUGUGUUUGAAAGUACUUCAUUCAUUUUA